GGGUACCCGAUCCUCGCGGGUGGCGGUGCCUUCGUGGGGCUGCGGAGCUCGAGAGGCAGGGCGGGCCGGGCCGGGAGCCGCCAUGGCGGGGAGUCAAGAUAUGUUCGACGCCAUCGUGAUGGCGGACGAGAGGUUUCACGGGGAAGGAUAUCAGGAAGGCUAUGAAGAAGGCAACAGUUUGGGUAUCAUCGAAGGAAGACAGUAUGGCACGUUACAUGGAGCCAAAAUUGGAUCUGAGAUGAGAAAGCCGAGGCUCAGAGAGGGAAAGACACACAGCCGGAAGGUGGCGGAGCCGAGAUCCAACCCCUGGGGCUUUUCCUCCAAACACCUUGUGUACUGCGUGCCUGUAAGUGUGUGUGAGCUUUCGACACGACGACCGGCUGCCUCACACCUCCACCACCAGUGCGCCUGGCUGUCCUUCUCCAGGCCCACCAACCGAGACACUGGCCUGACUUCAGGGACUGCUGACUUGAAGCCUUGGAUAUUGGGGGACCUGACCUCGACCCCUGGGCCUCCUGGCACAGCUGGGCCCCAAGUGCAGGCGCUGGCCUUUGGGUGAAAAGAGCCACUUGAAGGCUUCGUACAUUUUACUUGUUUGUUUAUUAAAUUAAAAAAAAAUUGUUUUUCAAGAUUUUAUCUAUUUGAGGGAAAGACAGAGCAGGAGCUGGGUGGGGGGCUGAGGGGCGGAGAGGGGCAAGCAGCCAUGCCGACAGGAGCACAGGCUCCAGAGACACAGAUCUGGCCCUGGGUCCGGUUUGGUCCGUGUCCUGGCUGUGUGAUCCUGGCCCAGUUACUGCCCCUCUCUGGGCCCUGGUUUCCACCUCUGCGGCAGGAGGCUGAAAGCCGCCACCCUCGGCCCCCGAGCAGCCCACUGCCCAUUUGGGCACACAAGGCCCGACGGGCACGCGGCCGAGCUCAUCCAUUUACUGUCACCCGUGGCUGCUUUUGCCCAGGGCGCAGUUGAGCGGGGCAGAGAGCUGGUGGUCAGCAGAGCCUCGGGCCCUCACUCUGACCCUUUCUGUAGACACUGCCCGCCCUUGGUUGAGAAGGCGGCGAUUGUAGCUGUGAGAACAUAGGGUCCCCUCACCAGGUUGUUUCAGGAUCUAGGGAGGGACUGUGUUGGGCCCUAAGCACCCUGCCUGCUCUGCCGUUUGUGCUCAGUGAGCGGAAGCUGUGAUUCCCCUGUGCUGGACCAGGGCAAGGAGCACCGGCCGGCCACGCUCCGGCGACCGGGGACCAGGGGCCGGGACGCUUAGCUCAGAGGGAGGUCAUGUGGAGACAGCCUCCCGUCUCCACUGCCCGUAGCCGAAAAUGGAAAGGAUUCGUGGCCCCGGCCUUCUCCGAGAGGCUCAAGGCCGACUGAGGCCCCCACAGCAGGGCUCCGUAUUCCUCUCCCCCACCCUCCUUGCGUGACCCUGUGAGUGGCGGUGACAAUGCCCCGGAUGUGGGCCCCAAGGCCCAGGCUGGAGCUGCCCGCCCACCGUCCGCUGGCUAUUGUCUGCCCCGGGCCUCAGUGUGGCUCAGGGCUGGGGGCGGCAGGCCAGGGGGCUGUGGGAACGGAUUAGAAGCCCCAGGCUGCGGCCCCCUCUGCAUAAACUCCUGAUCAAAGGCAUUCCUGGGAUGACAGAGCCCUGUGUGCUGCAGAGGCCUGUCCAGCGUGUGGGGCGCACGCUUCACGCCGCCAGUCCCCGGGGAACAUGUGUGCCCUCUCGAGCCCAUGCUGCGGUGCCCGCUGCUGGGAGUGGCCUGUGGUGUGACCGUCGCCCCCCACCAAAUGCAGAGCCAAGAUGCGCGGGCAUCGAGGCUUCCAGGAGGCCCCCGGGGGCACUGGGCUCAGAUGAGCUCUGGGAGCCUGACGCGGUGGCUGUGGCCAUGGCCCCUAGGACCCCAGCAGUGCCCACUGCUGCAGACCUGACUCGCCUUCCAGCUCCGCACCGUGUCCUCAUGAUGCGGGGGUCUGCCCGCCGCACCCUGGGUCAGGCAGGGCCGUACCUCUGCAGCUCACAAAACAAGCUGGGCCUGGCCAGUGGGCCCCCACCUGCUGCCCUUUCCGUUCUGCUCCCGCUCCCACUUCUGAGCACCUACCAUUUUCCAGGCUGGGACUAGGGCUGCAGAGAAGGACCAGCGAGGCAUCUGUCCUCAAGGGCUCAUAGCCCAGAUAUCAUGGAACACCCAGGUAUCAUGAUUCCUAGACCUCCCAGAGCCACCUGCCGGGGCCAGGGGAGGGAACACCUGCAGCCCCCCGCCGGGGGAGAAGGGGAGGGCACUUCAGACAGGGGGUAGACGGGUGAAGGGGAGAGCUGGCUCAGGUCUCAGGACCUUGGAUGGAGCUGGAAGGAGCUAGAAGCCCAGAGGGCUUGGGCACAGGUGGCUGGGAGGUAGGGCAGGCCCCAGGUGAGGCGGUGGGGCCCAGCAAGGACAGGCUUUCCAGCUUGGGAGAGGGGCAGCAGGGGGCGACUUGGUCUCAGAAGUCCCUCAAAGGCUGGCUCUUACCUUAGGCAGAUGCUUGGGGCAGCCAGACCUCCCACCAGGGGACAGGGUGGGUGGUUUGCCAGGGAAGGUCUACAGAGUCCUUUCCUGGGGUCUUCCAAGACCCGAGGCAGGACAUGGGGGACUCCAGAACCCUCCUCCCCCUGCACUGCUCUGCACCAGGCCUCCGCCCCGCCCCCCAUCUGCGCCUCUGCCUUUUCACGGAACCCGCGGAAGGGCUCUGCAGGCCUGGCUCCCCCAUUUGCUCACCCUGAUUUCUGCUUGAACCUGAUGCAGUGAGAUUGUUACCUCUCCUCCCAGAAACCACUCCUCAGGAUACCCCUGGCCUGCCCCUGGGGCUGGGUGCCUCCCCUGGCUCUGACUGCCUCUUAGUCUGCUGUGUCAGAGGCCCUUUCAGAGCCCCAAGCGUGCACCUGCCCGGCACGGGGCGGCUGUGGGGAAGCCAGCAGUCCCGGUCCCGCCGCACCCACCUGCUCCAGACGCUCCGGUGCGUAGCACAUCUGGAGGCUUCCCGCUGGGAGGAGGGGCACCCUAAGGGGCAAGGCUGGUAUACAGCAGGAGCCUCAUAAAGGCCACGGCGAAUUGACCUGACAAGGAGUGAUAUCCUUGGCUUCCCUCCUGAGCACUCACCAUCUGACAGUCCGGGGAGUGAGGACACACUGGGGGCCCCAGACUCUGGGAAGAAGCCCAGGCCCCAAGGAGCCGACCCUGAGGCCUGCUGGCGCCUUCCCUGUCCACUCCCCACGUCGGGCUGGAAACGAGGCUGGCCACGUGCAUCUGAAGUCCAGGCGGACGUCACAGGUGUCCACAGGCCUCCCAGGUCACUGGGUCCGUGUGAAAGGCCACCGGGCCGAAGCCCAAACACACGCUCUGGUGUC